CUCGAGCAGAUCUAGAAUAUCAUUUCAUGAUGGAUUCUUCCUUAUCAAAUGGUGCCGGCAAUGAAACACUUAAAGCAGAAGUAAAACAAGAAGCAGAAAAGUUUCCCAACUUUGAUCUAGCAGAAGUCAAAACAGAACCAGAUCAGUCUCUUUCUGAUGAUGGAAAAUCAAGUCGCUCCAAAAGGAAAAGAAAAUUUAAUAAUUUAGCUGAAGAUUCAGAUUUAUCAGAUGGUAGUCUUAAUGAGAGUGCCAGUAAAACAUCUAAACGUGGACGUGGUGGUGCUAGAGGGAGAGGGAGGGGAAGGGGUAGAGGCAAAGAUUUGCCUGCAAAUAUGGCUGACCCAUCAAGAAGUCCCAGAAUAGUUCUGAAAAAUAUUACUACAUCUGGGGAUGACCUGAUUCCACCAGAAAAUAUCAAACCUGAUGUUGACAGCCCACAGCCUACCAGAGGAAGAGGAAGGGGCAGGACACCUAGAGCAAAAAGCACCCCUAAACCUAAACCCAAGGAAGAGCCAGAAGAAGAGGAGGAGGAAGAAGAGGAAGAAAUGAUUGAUGAUAUGGAUGAUGAAGAUGAAGACUUUGUGCCUGAAAAGAAAAAAGGAGGGCGUCAGUCUAGACAAGCUGUAUCCAGGGGGAAGAAAGGCAAAGGGAAAAGAGGCAAACAGAGCCACAAUUCAGAGGAAGAGGAAGAAGAAGAGGAGGAGGAGGAAGAGGAAAAUGAAGAUGAGGAGGAAGAAGAGAAUGAGGUCCCUAAUGAAGUUUCUGAUAGUGGAGCAGAUGCUAAUCCUAACUCUGUACGGACUGGUCAGUAUCUCAUUGAAAAGGCAGAUCUUAGAAAAUUGGAAAAUUAUCCUAUUUGGCGCAUGGAAGGUCCAAACAUGCUUAGAAAAUUUGAAAUGAUUGUUGCUGAAGGAAAGAUCCGUCACAAGUCUCUUUAUGCUUAUUCUUCAUGGGCUCAGUCAAUGAUAGAUCUAUAUGACAAGAUUAAGAUCAAACAAGUCUCUUCCCAGGAUGGUGAAAUCAUAGUUGAGAUUCAAGAAGAAUUUAUCCCACAGCCCCCCUCCCUGGAAAGCCUGGAAAGUAAACUUGGUAAUGAUGAAAACCUGGACAGAUACUAUGUUUAUGUUGAGGCCAUGUUUAGACAAGCCAUUGACCCCUCAUUCUUAAAGCGUAUCAAGGCAGAAGAAGAUAUGCAUUUUAUUGAACCUAUCACCUAUCUUGAUAAUAUGAUCAGAGAAAAGAUUGCUUACAUUGAAUCACAGGUCUCUAUGAAAGAAGAUUUCAAGAACCGGGUACGCAAUUGUCCCAACAUGAAGACCAUUCGGCGUCAAAAUUGGUCUCAGACUGAUCAAGCUACUGUCAACAAAACUACAGAGAAAGGAGUUCGUUCUGUGCUGAUGUUUGGUUUUGGCUAUGAUCCAUUUUAUUUGGAAGAAGACAAAUCUAAAGGAGUGGAAGUGGCACAGGAAGUAGUCAUUGGCAAUACAAUGGAUCAAUACCUUGCUUCUUAUCAUGGCCUUACACAUUUUAAGUAUGAUCUUUUAAGGAGAUGCCAGGAUAAGGUUAAAUUAUUGACAUCUCUUGUUCCCAACCUGGAUCCUGUGACUGUACUGACCAGAAAUUUGCACGACAGAGUUUGGAUUUUACAGACCUUUGAGGACCUGAAGAGCUUGCUGGAGAAUGAACAUCUCUCAUAAAUGGAUGCUGAAAACAAGCUGGAGAGCAAAACGUUUUUUUUUUUUUUCAACAUUUCAUUUUAUCAUUUGUGUAUAUUUCUGAGAUGUUUCUAAGAUGUAAUAUUUUAUAACACAGCUAGCAAGUUUAUCAUUUGUAUAACAUUAUUCCAUUGUUAUGUUUUUGGAAAUGAAACAAAAUAUUCCAAAGUGGAUUGGAAUCUGUAAAAUGUCUUUUCUAAUUUGUGUAAUUAAUGCGACUACACCAUUGAUGUAAAUUGACCAUAUAUUUAGUUAGAUCAAUCCAGUGUGUGAAUGUCAGGAUAGAUGGAAGAUUGAUUGGAAAUGAAUUGUGUACAUGAACAUAACUGGUAGAUUAACUUCCUUUUUAGUUGAAAGCCAAUGUUUUCUCCAUGAGUUAUUGUUUUACAAUUAUGCUGUUUAACUGUUGUGUUCCAGUUCAUAUAGAGUUUCAUCAUGAACUCGUAGUCAUAUUUUUAAGGACACAUUUCAGAGAGAAAUAUGUCAUGCAUUAUGUUUAUGGCUAUCAAUAAAAUUUGAUUUUUAUCUUAUCAA